AUGUCGGACGAAACUACUGCUUAUCGUCUUUUAAAUCAAACACUCCGUGCCGAGGAUCGAUCUACAGUUCGUCCAUGGUUCCCCUAUUUAAAACUAUUAGAUUCUGCGGCUGCUAAAUUACCUAAAUUUAAAGGUACUGUUUGGCGAGGAGUAAAUAAGAAUGUUAGUCACACGUUCAAGAAAGGUCAAAAAAUAACUUGGUGGAGUGUGAGCUCAUGCUCAACAUCAGUUGACGUCAUUUCCUCAUUUCUUGGCAAUGCUCCGCAAAGUACGCUUUUCAAUAUUGAUUGUAUCAAUGGAAAAUCCAUUGCAGCGUACACAUGUUAUCCAGCCGAAGAUGAAGUUAUUCUAAUGCCGGGUACCACAUUUGAAGUUGUGGCAAAUCCAUUACAUCAUCAUGGCGGCUUACAUAUUAUUCAUUUGAAAGAAAUAUCAGAUGAUGAUGAACAAGAGUCGACAGGAUUGUCAACAGCAAGUGCUUCGGCUACAGCCUCCGUGGCCCAAAAAUUCAGCAGCAUGAAUUUAAGUAAGAAAAAGAAUCUGACAAAAAGCGUUUCACAUAUGAGUGAAGAGAUUCCUCAUAGUCUUAUGCCGAUUUCAUGUACUUUUCAAACUUUUCCUUAA